AUGGCCAAACUUACAGAUUUACCACGGGAGCUCCGCCAAAAGAUCCUCCUCGCGGCCGUGCAGCAAGAAGACCGGCUAGUCGGCAGCACAUGGCCGCAAACCAUCACCACGCUCCUGCGCGUGUGCAAGACUCUCCGACGGGACAUGCCAUGGGUGCUCAACACAUGGUCUCCACAGCGCUGGCUGCAGCGCCCCUCCGACCUCACAACACUCCCCACCUCCCUGACGAUCGACGGCGUCGCCUGCGGCCCGUUCGCGGCAAAACCCAUGCACACCCUGCGCAUCAGCAUCUUCCACGACGCAUUGCCGGCCAACAUCCGCAAAGCCGACUGGGCCAUGAGCCGCGCCGAAGUCCUGCAUCCAGAACUCAUCGACGCCUGGAAUGCCUUCGUCCCGCAGCUGCCCGUGGACGAGGGCAUCCGCCCCACCGUCCUCCUCGACGUCACGCCCGCGCCGGGCUGGAUGCGCGCGGGGGGCCACGUGUGCGAGCUGAACGCAUUGCUGCUAGACGACCGCACGGCGCGCAUCUUCAUGAGCUGGCAGGUCGACGGCAUCGCGGAUCUCGUGCUGCGCGUGCACCGGCACUACGCGGGGAACGUGGACGUCAAGCUGACCGGCGCGCUGGCCGUGAAGAGCUCGCAGUUCGUGGCGGGGGUGGUCCAUCGGUUGCUGUGGAACAACGGCAUCCGCGUCCAUUUCGUCGGCGAGUACGUCGACCCGGCGCGCGCGGGGCUGGGGAUGAUCAGGCAUGCUGUGCAGCGCCUGGCGCCGAAGAAAAAGACGGCCGAGGUAGAGGACUGGGCGAGGGCGGUGAGGUUGGCGCCGCUGAGGAAGGUGGAGUGGUCGAAGAAGUCGGUUAAGUUGUUUGAUAGGGCUUGUGAUGGAGGGAGUGUGGAGGCGGUGACGGAUGAUUUAAGGGAAGUGGCGGAGCUGAUGGUUGAUGAAAGGAGGACCCGUUUGGAGAUGCCGCCGUUCGGGAAUGCACAUCGUGCUAUGGUACACAGCGUGGCGCAGGAUAUGGGCCUGUUGACGGCGUCGGAAGGGGAGGGCGAGAAUCGAUAUGUCGUUAUCACCAAGAAGUCUCUUUGA